AUGAACGACCCCGAGCCGCCGUCUCCGUCUUCGCCGUCCUCGACGCUGGCGCCAAAGGGGCAACCACACCGCCCCUACUCGCCCGCGUACCCCGACUCAACUCCCGGUGGGUCCGGCACGCGCACGCCGCCUGAUGCCAUGGCAGGAGGUCCGCCGACACUGCUGUACGAUGAGGAAUCACAAGCCCCGCCCGAGUUCGUGGACCGGUGGACGAAACGCCUAGCCAGCUUUCCAGGCUACUCUAGGUCGAGUUCGCUGUUAAGCGUCGCCCUGGGGCCGACAGAGCGCAAAGACGCGCCGCACCCCAAGUCGCACCUGCAGGCGAUGUGGGCGUGGAUCCUGCGCAAAGCCGGCGUGGCAUGGCACCGCUCAAUGGAGCACCCGCUCGACCACCUGCUGUACCGCUUCUCAAGGCGGUGGAAGCUGCAGUGGUUCUGGCUCCCCUUCCUCCUCGUGUGGAUACUGGGCAACGCCCUCUUCCUGCGUGCGCAGUACUACUUGCCCGGCCCCGAAGUGAUUAGCUGCACGGCGUCGCUCUUCGACAGCUGGCCGCCAGACGUGUGCGGCCUCAACGGGCAGGAGUGUGCCGAGUACCUCGAGCAAGCGACGUAUCGCUGCCCUGGGGGAUGUCACGAGACGCCGCUCGGCAACCCGCGCUGGAUCGGGAACACGAGCGUGAACGGCGUCCCGCUCGUCAUUGGCGGCCAUGGGGUGUAUAGGGCCGAUUCGUGGAUCUGCGCGUCGGGCGUGCAUGCCGGCCUCGUGUCGCCGCGCUAUGGCGGGUGCGUCUCCGUCACGCCCCUGCCGUAUCCUGAGGGAACGUCGGAUUUCCCAGGCUACGAGAGCAGCGGGCUCACAUCGACUGCCUUCUCUCCACAGUACCCCGGCGCAUACAGGCUCAGUGCGACAGGAUCCCGCAACAACUGCAUGGACUACCACUGGCCCAUCACUGCCUUCAACGCGGUGAUGCUCUUCAUUUACACGCUGCUCUUCACGCCGCCGCCCGUCGUGCUUUUCUCGACGCUGCUCGUCCUGGGUUUCUUCCAAACCACGCUCAUUUCCGACCCACCCGCCCAGCCGCCCGACUGGAGCCUUGUCCUCCAGCGUCUCCUGCCCGUGCUCAUCACCGGAUACUGGAUCUGGCGCGUGAGCUUUGCGCGCAGCCUGAAUGGGUUCUAUGCCGCCAAGCUCUUCCUCGAAAUGGCCUUUUGGCAAGGGUUAGGGUUCUGGAUUGGAAUCGAGAGUUCCACGCUCUUCGCCAAGAUCCCCAUCAGCAGGCUGGGGUAUGGCGCUCUGUCUGCCGACGCCGUCAUCGCGCUCAUCAUCAUUGUCGUGCUUGUCGUCAUUGUCGUCGGCAUACAGGUGCUCCAGUACCGCCGUCUCGGACACGUCCGGUACUAUCUCGCGUGGUAUUUGCCGCUCGUACCUAUUCUCAUCCUCCUCGCCACGAUUGGAAGAGGAUACCAUCUCAGAUUGCACCAUUACAUGCUGAGUCUGCUCGGGCUGCCCGUACUCAGCCUUCCCAACCGCGUCUCUAUCGCGGGUCAGGGCUUCCUCCUCGCCUUCUUCCUCGAUGGCGUCGGUAGGUGGGGAUGGGCGAGUAUUCUCGAGCACGAGUCGGAUCUCCGCGGCGACGCGGCGGCGGGUACCUGGGUUCCAACCUUUGUCAACCACACCGUCGUGCAGGAGAGCAACUAUGAGUUUAUCGACUGGACGCAGCCUAACACGACUGCCAUCAAGGGCAAUAUCGCCUACAGCGUCGUGUUUGACGAUAUUCUCAUUGCGAGCAAUUACUCUGCCCUCAACUUUAGUAUUGCUCAGGGUACGGAUCAGCUCGACGGCGACCACUUCUUACGCAUUGCGUACGAGGUGAAUGGAACCACGCUCGACUUUACGGAUCCCUCGGUGUGGAAUGGCACGACAAAACGGUGGACACCGAGUCCCACUGAUAUGGAGGACGAUGAGGAGGAGGACAAGUAG